AAAAAAAUAAGUAAGUAAAGAGGCACAAAGGAAGCAUUCCAAACAUUUAUUAAUGUUUUUUAAUCCACGUAAUUUUUCCUGAAUUUUUUUAUUUUAAUUUGCAUGAAUGAGGAUGCAUGCUCCAUUAAGGAAGGGCAAAAGUUUUGCCAUUCUGGGGCUCUCCGUCGGGUCGUUUUGUUGUCAACUUCUUCAAACCUCGGAAUCACCAUCCGUUCUAAUACCGAGAAAUUAUGCAUGUUAACAACACCAGCAAAUUCAGCGGCAGCCAGAAUUUGAUACAAAUGCCAAUGUAUCAACAAAGACAGCAACAACAACAGAGACACCAUCUGUAGCAAGCAGGGACAUCAUCUGCAGCAAGCAGGGCUUUAUAGGCAGAUGAAUUUUGCUGGCGAAUUAGGAAUUCAGCUCCAACCGCAACAACAACCACCUCAGUAGUUUUUGCAUCAGGACCUGUUUUCUCCAACAAUGGCUCUCCCUAGUGGCCACAAUUCUUUGAGUUUUACUGGUUCAGAACCAGGUGCCACCGGAUCUGGAAUGACUCCUGGUAGUAGUUCAAGCCAAGGGAUUGAAGCAAACAAUCGGUUUCUUGGGAAGAGAAAGAUACAUGAUUUAGCUUCACAGGUAGAUCCGAAGGGAAAAGUUGAUCCUGAAGUUGAAGAGCUUCUUUAUGAGAUUGCUGAUGACUUUAUUGAUUUGGUUACUACUUUUACUUGCAUUUUGGCAAAGCAUCGGAAAUCUUCAACUCUUCAACUCUGGAGGCCAAAGAUGUAUUCUUACAUUUAGGCAACAAUUUUUUGCUUUGUCUAAUGCUCUUCGCUAUACUUUGACGGAAAGGCUCCUUCAUGAUCUCAUCAAUGCCGUAGUUCCUGAGAAUGUUUUCAUUCGGCGUAUCAUUGCUUAGGAUGUUUCAUUACAUAUUUUGAUUAAGAAAGAACAAAAACUGUGGUGUUGGUCUUAAGUUAACUAUGAUGUUUCUCCAGAUAAAAAUUGGCAUUUGACUGUUCCAGGUUUGUCAAGUGAGGAUAAGAAGAAACAUGCAGAACAUGUAAGCUCUUCGUCCUCUCGUUACUUUCGUGGAUGGUAUAGCAUUACAUCUGCAGAUAAGUGGGAGGUUCUUUUGAGUACUUCUUAGUCUCUUUCUGGCCAAUGGUUGCAGUAAUUUUAAGCUGAGUGGAAAUUCAGGCUGCUUUUAUGAUGAUAUGUUUCUAACUUUUUUGCAGUCAUCAAAUGAUCUCUACAAAGAGUGUUUGGAAAUGGUGAGUUGGGAUCUUCUUUUGCGAUAAUACGACCUGCGUUUGUUUUAGGAGUAUAAUUCAUAGUCUUGGUGUUUGACGUAGAUGCCUACCAUGACGGAGGCGUCAUCACCAGCUGAAACAAGUCAAAGCAGUAUCACUAAGUAGACCGUCAGUCCGGGCUGGUUGACCAUGUUGGUUCGAAUGACUUAAUCAAACCACCAAGUUCAGAGGAAUUGGCUUCACCAUCUAAUGAUCAAUUACAAUUCAACUGUAACACGUUGUGAUGUCCCUGGAAAUUGGUACACCCGUUGCUUUGCUGUAAUAAAAACUUGUUCAACUACAGUUUGCUUGUCAACUGAAGAACAUAAACAUAUUCUGUUGUGAAAUUUGCAUGAUUGUUCUGCCAUUUUUGUCAUUCUUUUUGCCACCUCCUCUAGUCUAAAUGAUUUCAUGCCCUGACUUCUUGUGUUAACUCUUAUUGAUAUCAAAUGCUAUAUAAAUUAUUCAUAA